CGAGCACAUUUUCAGUCGAAUAUAUGCUUCACGGUAAUAAACACUACAGUUAUUAUUUCCUAAGUAUUUAACGUAAUAUUUCCAAAUCUCCUACUUCCUUCUCAUUGAAAAAGUAAGUCAACGUAUAAAUCGUUAAGCUGUGAAGUUACCGUUUUCAUUAGAAUUACACCAAAAAAUUGAUGCACUCAAAACCGAGAUCGGUGUAGGGAGAAUAACGUAAAAAAUAUCAAAUCAACCAUGAAUUGAUAUCGUGAAUCCUCCCUUUGAUCCAUCCUUUGGUCAAGUCGCGCCGGAUCGAGUGAAACCGUGCGUUCCCGGUCGCUCAAAGGUUCCGGAUUGAGCCGUUCGUCAGUGCAUCGUUAUCGCUUGCAGAGAAAUCGCCGUCGCGCAGUGUAUGUUAAAAACUCACGAGAAAACGCUCACCUGUCGCGAAGAACUGGAAGACUGCUUUGCCACAGGUUGGUGAAAAUUUUAAGGUGCUGCUAUGCAGUAAAAAUUGAUCGGGUGAUAGUUGCCGAUUAUGUCUGUGUAACUACUGGAGUUUUUCAUUUGGAUUAACAGAUGUCUCAGUGAAGGCCCAGUUAACCUUCCCAUAUGAGCAGUGGUUCAUGAUGUCUAAGCAAAUAAUCGGAAAACGAUCGAUUCUUAGUAACCGAAUGUCCGAACAUGGAAAAAGAGGAUGAGGAAACCACCAUUUCAUCAAAAACUUCCACUCAAAUAUUCAUGUCACCGUAUCAAGAUAUAAAAAAAACAGAAAAUCAUCCACAAUGUCAAAUCCUUAUGCACCAGGCGAGUGGGGAUUCCCAGGAGUCGGAUUCCAUGGAAUCCUCGAUUUCAGUAUCGAACAAGAUGUCACCUAAGUAUUCGCUUUUUUCGAAAUCACCGCAUAGUAGUUCGUCCCAAGAGGAUGAUGAGCACGAAAUGAGGUCGUAUAAAGGAAAAUAUCUCUUGGCUACUGGAAGUACUAAAGCUGCGAGAAGUAUGGAAUGUCUUAGAGCACCUAAUAGGCCCUUUUUGUCGUCUAGUGAACGAGACAUGAUAAAGAUUUUAUCUGAGAGCGUUGAAACAAAAUCUCUGGAGAAUAUAGAUAACGAAGUAAUACUUAAAAGAUACGCUAUUUCUGGAGAUAGUUCUUCUUUACUUUCGGGUUCUGAGGAGACCAUCAGUGCUGAAAAACGAAGGGGCCUAUGGAGUGGAAAAGCAAGAGUACCCCAGCACCUGAGUCUUCCACCAGAUACUGGUUAUCUCAAUCUUAGUCCUGGAGACAGAAAAUUAACAAUUUUGAGUCCACAUUCUCCAAACAGAUUGGGUGAUCUCUUCCAUAUAUCGCAGACCACUCUGAAGACCCGUGGAAAAAAAGCCAUAGUGCUCCCUAGGUUGGUAAUACCUAAAAGUCACUCAGAUGUUAGUCAGGUGUCUUCUGAACAAGGCCUUGAAUAUAAAUUAAGAGCUCGAGAUUGUGUCAUCCGUUUUCUUCUAGUAACCCUGCAAAAGGUGCUCGUGAGGAGACAAUGGACAAGGAAAAUUAUGUUUAUGUACCUAUUCCCAGUAUUUUUUGAUGUUCUUCUAGUUUUGUUAUAGGAAUUUGUCAUGUCAACGGCAAAAAUCCUCAUAUCCUAUAAUAUAUAGGCUGUUUCGUGACGAUUUCAGUUAUUUGAUAUAUUGAAGUACCUACUCAAGAGAGGAUUUAGAUUUCGCAACAUGUUUUCAAAUGAAUAUUGUAAUUAAUAUAAUUCAUCAACUAGCCUUAACAUUAUAUAAAUGUUUCGAAGGAAUUUCGGAUUCAUAGGCCUAGACAGGUAUAGGGCCCCCCAGAAUUCUCGGAGAACCCACCCUAGAUACUGAAACCGACUAAAUUUUCGAGCAAACAACCAUAAAACAACACUGGUUUUCCCAUUCCCCCAAAAAAACUUCAAUGUGGGAGUUGUAUGCAAAUAUACAUAAUCUUCUUGAAUAUGAGGAAUCUGUUUUUUCCUCAUAAUUGGAGAAGAUUAUCCAACCAAAAUAUUCCAUAUCGAUUUUAUUAAUUUAAUUUAAUAUCAUAUUAGUAUUCUCUCCAUGAGAUCAAGCAUUCAUUGGGAGAGUGACAUACGUUUUUAUUUUCAAAUAUUGAGACGGUAUAAGAUUCUGAUAUCGUUAUGAUCUCUUCAUAGAAGGAGAGUUGAAGAAUA